UCUGUAGCUCUGUAUCCAUUAUGUGAGAGAGAAUGAAGAGUCUCCAGGUAGUUUUGGUGGCAGGAUUUAUCUUCUCUCUACUGCAGAUUGGAACUUGUCAAUGUGAUGUUGUGAGGCUAGCUGCAGCAGUACAUGAGACACUGAGUCCAUUCACGACUGAAAUGAGGGAAGGCCUGGCUGCUGUUAAGACUGAAAUCAGGGAUGGUUUGGCUGCUGUUAAGACUGAAAUGAGGGAUGGUCUGGCU